AUGGACAUCCCGGCCGGGCGAACGUUGUUCAAAAAGAAGGAAGGCAUCCUCACGCUGACCCCCGAUCAGAAGACCGUCACAUGGACUCCCAACUCGGGCGGGCCAGCAACGGUGUCGCUUCCUGUUGCAAAUAUCACAAGUCUGCAGCAAACUCCGGAUAGCUCCCCAAAGGUGAUGCUCAAGAUCGUAGAGACUGCAUCUGAAGGGGCUGAUCCAGUUGCUUAUCUAUUUCAUUUCAACACACCGGAGGCUAAAUCUGAAGCCCAAGCUGUGAAGGACCUUCUUUCACGCAUCUUUGUCGAACUUCGAAGCAAUGAUCCGAGCAUUCCCAGGCCAGCUGUGUCGGCAGCAGGAACACCUUCGGCCCAGAAUGGACAAGCUAGUAAAGGCGGCACGCCUGCAUCUAUGGCUCUUGGAAGCACUACGACUCCUCAGCCGGCGGCCGCACAUUGGUUUGAUGAUAACCAACUGAAGAAUGACAUCGAGCUCCAGAUGUCUUUGAUGAAAAAGGAUAAGAGCCUUCACAGGACAUACAUGGAGGCCAUGUCAACCAAACCAGAUUCUAUUUCGAGUGCCGCUUUCAACACGCAAUUCUGGUCCACCCGCAUAAAUCUCUUGCGAUCUCAUGGCAUUGAAAAGCAUCAAAAGAAGGGUGCAUAUAACGUCCUGUCGACUGUUAAGCCUCGUACCGUGGAUGGUGAGCUAAAGCUCAACAUAAGUCUUGAGCAAGUCCAGAUGAUAUUCGCCCAACACCCGCUUGUAAAACGGAUUUACAAUGAAAACGUACCUAAGCUCUCUGAGGCUCAGUUCUGGUCUCGGUUCUUUCUCAGCCGGCUAUCCAAGAAGCUACGAGGUGAAAGGGUGACGGACAGUGACCCUCCCGACGCGCUGUUUGAUAAAUACGAUGCAAACGACAAUACACAGGCGAUCCAGAGCAAGAUCAUGGCCCAGAGCGUGCCCCACAUCAUAGAUAUCGAGGGCAAUGAGGAGAAUCAGGGAGGUGUCAAGAGUGGCAAUGCUAAAGAUGUGGAGAUGCGUCCACGGGCAAAUAUUCCAAUCGUCAAGACAUUGAACAGCCUCAGCGAGAAGAUAAUGGCAAACGUGGCACCGUCGGACAACAUUGAUGACGCAAACGUCUCAGGAUACUCAUACGGCCAACUUGCACUCCGCGAUCUAAGAGGAGACGAGAAGGAGCACCGCAUCAUUUUGAACGUCACUGAGCAAACCCAAUUUUUUUCAAAGCGAGAAGCCGCUCCUUCUGCCAACGCGCAGGCGUUUGCGAAGCAGAAUCCCAUGGAUGUCCUUUUUGAAAUACAGGGUGAUCUUGAGACUCUGGACGAUGACGGGGCUGGGGGCAUUGAUAUCCACGCCACCAUUGGUUACAACGAGGAUAGUGAUAGUGACGAGGAAGAAAAUGCAACUCGCGCACGGCGUCCUCAUGUAGGCUCGCGAUCUGUUAUCCGAGCUGCGGAGAAGGAAAUUCUCAAGGGCAUUAGCCAGCAACGCUCCCAGAAAUAUGGCCAUGCUGGUGACUCAACCACGCCCAUGGGGCUAUCAUCUCAGUUAGCCGAGAAAUGUGCGUUGACUCACGCAACAACGAUUGAAUUUCUUCAUCAAUUCUGGACAGCAUUCCUGUCUGGCGACCCAGAUCGUGCAGCCGAACUUCAAUACCUUGCAGAAUCCUUGAGCAAUUCGGCCGCCCGUAUCUCUGCCGUAGCUGAUGAGGCCACACAAGAACGGGAGGAGACUAUCAAACGACGGAAGCAAGAGAUAAGGGAGCACUACGAGCGAACGGGCAAGAAGAUUCGCUGGAAAUCCGAUAUGGUUGGCGGUGGGCGGGAUGCUGUCCUCAAGUUGAUGCAACCGACACUGGAUGCUCUCGAGAAAGCCAAGGCAGAUUAUGCCCGAGCUCUUGCCGCAGAGGGGAUAAAAACCACUACUGAGAAUUAA